UGGGGGCUGGGCAGCGCGCUCCUGGGGGAAAUCGGGGUGCGCCAGGGGGCGCCAGGGCCAUCCGGCGCUAAUCUGGCCAGCGCACAGCCAGGCGGUCUCCUAGCGACCCGAGUGGCUGGGAAUACACACCACGAAGUCCCGGCUGUCGUCGCAGAGCCAGGGACACCAUGGACGACCACAAGCGGCUGUGUGGGCCUGGGGCGCCAACCCUUGUGCCAGUGGGCAGGGACUGCGGGCCCCGGUACAAAGAGAAUCUACCUUCCAAGUGUUACAGAAAACACAAGCACAGGCCAACGUGCCCCACCUCCCUGAACAGCCUGCGAUGGAUAUUUGUGAAGAAAGGACUGGAUGACUUCCGGAAAGGCUGCCCACCUUGUGAGGGUCUGAUCACUCGGGGUCCUCAGGAGGCCUUUCUCCCCCAGAUUCAUCCCACAGCUCCUCGACCUGCCCCAAAGAAGAGGCAGCACAGGCGGCCCAAGGAAGCAGCCUCGUUUUCCAAGCUCUCGCCAGCCCAGCAGGCACAGAAGGCCUUCCUGGCGGAUGUUCAAGCCCAGCUGACCCCGCACCCCUUGGCUCUCUACCCGAAUCUGGGGGAAGACAUGCCUGUUGAGCUCUUAUUAAAGGUGCUGGAAGUGCUGGAUCCCGUCAGGAAACUGGAGGACACCUGGGCUUAUUGUCAGGGCAUCAGGAAAAGAACAAAGGAACCGGCAAAACUUUUAAAAAAACAUUCUACUGAAAUCCACCCGGGACUUCCCAAGAAGACUCCUGGGUCGCAUCCAGGUCAAUGGCUUUUUAAAGAAAAGAAACCAAGUGAAACAGAUUUGCUACACCAAGAUGGUCCUCUUCUUCAUGAAAAUGUACGCAAAGGAGUUAGUGACUUCUGCAACUGGGCUAUUUCUUUUGGAAGUUCAAACAUUGAUGAAGAGUUCAUCCUGAAACAGUUUGACAUUGACUACUGGAGCAAACCAAGCCAUGAUGUGCUCCACACAAUGAGACUCAACCAGGUUCCUCUGGAGGUAAAGAAACUGCGGGAGCCACGAUUUUUCCAGAAACUAGACUAUGAGCAGAAACACCGGAAACUUCAGAAUUCUUAUAAACCAAAGUAUGUGAAGAUGAAGUAUGGAGCCUGGUACCUGAACACCAAGUUGUGGAAAAAGCAAAGAGCAGACGAACCUUUGGUAGACCCUAAGGUCUCAUGUAAAGCUCAAGAUGAGAAUUUUAAAAAGGAACUGCAGGAACAGGGGGAGUUACUUGCAGACCUUCAUGGAACAAUUGCCUUUAAGGAUUUCAUUCUAAGCAGGGGCUACAGGAUGCCGAAGGUGAGUAAAGGGUCAUUUCAGAAAGGCUUGCUGAGGGGCUCCCGGUUGUUGAUGGGGCAGAGUCAGCACCCUCUCCAAAGCAAAAUAUGGUUGAGUCUUGAACAACAUAGGCUUAAACUGUGCAGGUCUACUUUUUUUUUUUUUGAUAAAUGUAGUAUGUUACUGUAAACAUAUUUUCUCUUCCUUAUGAGUUUCUUAAUAACAUUUUUUCUUUAGCUUACUUUAAUGUAAGAAGACAGUCUGUAAUAAAUGUAAUACACAAAAUCUAUGUUAAUCAACUGUCUAUGUUAUCAGUAAGGCUUCUGGUCAACAGUAAGCUAUUGGUAAAGUCCUUGGGGAGUCAAAGCUUAUACACGAAGUUUCAGCUGAGUGGGGGGUUGGUGCCCCCAACCCCUGUAGUAAUGUUCAAGGGUCAUUAGUACUUCUCAUACCAGGACUCAGGUUCCUGGAAGGAAGGGCAUGCUUUUCCCUAGACAAAGGCCCAGAGAUAGGAUUUGGCUUUUGCUUUUUUUAUUCUACCUAUUUGGUUUCUGCUGUCAGAGGUGCUGUCUUCCUGCCGACUCACCUGCCUGGAGUUUGGCCUUAAUGGGGGCAAAGUGGAAGGGGUCUAUGUGCAGGGCAUGUAUCUUGCAAACUCUGUUACUCAAACACUCUGAUGUCACUAGGAAGUCUUUGAGUGUCUUUUACUUCCACAUCUAAGGACAGAGAGCUAUGGCUUGGGUCAGGACAAAAUGGAGUUGAGAUUCACAAUAGGAAUUAGCCUGUGUGGGUCAGCCUUGUGUGGAAACAGACUAGGGCAAAAGUUCACUUCCCAGGGGCCCACCAAUAUCUUCGUAUUUUUCCCACUUUCUCUCACCUUCAUCUAGUUUCUCCUCUCUUAACUUGUAAAGCUAGCCCCAGCUGCCUCCCACUUGGAGCGGCCACCUUUGGAAGGCCAGUUGCAACAUGGGUGGGGUGGGAGGUUGGCAGAGUGGACCAUUUUUAGCAGGAGGGCCUCAGAGCCCAGAGUUCUGUGUCCAGACCAGCCCUGUCACCACAGCAAGAAACCAGCUAGUCAUGCUGCCAAAGUCAUAGCUGUUAAGUCAUGUGUUUAUUCAGGGCCCUCUGUGUGCACAUCCCAUGAGUCUUUAGGAAGCCGUGCAGCCAAGAUGGUCAGAAGGUUGGGAGAUGGGACACUGGAUUUCUUUUUUCCCAUGAAUGAUAGAACUAACAAUAGCUUAUACUUACUGGCAAAUAAAUAUAUUGACAAAACUCAGAUGCAGACUGGUUUCAAAGUUAAAUGUGAGGGGAAGUCAGAGUGUGAGGAGAGAAGGGUGAAAAGACUCCAUUACAUAACUGGGAUGAGGGGUGCCUGGGUGGCUCAGUCGGUGAAGCAUCCGACUUUGGCGCAAGUCCUCAUCUCACAGUCUGUGGGUUCGAGCCCCAUGUUGGGCUCUGUGCUGAUAGCUCAGAGCCUGGAGCCUGCUUCAGAUUCUGUGUCUCCCUCUCUCUCUGCCCCUCUCACUCAUGCUCUAUCUCUCUCUGUCUCUCAAAAAUAAAUAAAAGUUAAAAAAAAAACUGGAUGAAAUAUCUCCUUUAGCUUUGAGCAUCAAUAAGAGGCCUGUGAGAUAUAUUUACCAUACUUAUAUACAUUUAUGUACUUAUAACUGCCUAAUCUGUAUGUGAGGGUCACAUAAAUGUACAUUUACAUACUUACAUGUGUGAAAUAUACAAUAUGUUGAUAAUAUUUUAUAUGAUAACAUAAUUGCACAUAUUAUAGAUUUUAUAACAUAUAUAAAUGCACUUAAGCACAAGUAUAAUUAUGUGAUAUAUAUAUGAUAAUUAUGUGAUAUAUAUAUAAAUGUGAUGUGUGUGUAUACACACACAUAUAUAUUCCUCUUGCCAAAGAUUAUAUAUAAUCCUUGUUUAUAUAUAUAUAAUCCUUAUAUAUGUAUAUAUAUGUAUGUAUAUAUAUAUGUAAAUAUGUAUAUAUAUGUAUAUAUAUAUAUAUGUAAUCCUUGUUUGCUGUUAUAAUAACUCAGUUCUGUCAUAAUAUUUUUAGUGGCAGAACUCAGAACUUUUUUUUUCAUUUUGAUCUGUCCCCUUUUGGUUCUAUUCAUUUUGUUGAUGAAUAUUUAGUUCAACUUUGGGCAAAGUUGACUAUACUCUUUUAGCUGCAUUAACUAAAGAUAGAUGAUCCCCCUGACCACAGCUGAGUCCUCUGAGAACCCCUGUCAUUCAAAACCCUGGAAUAUAUCUUCUUCCUUUAUUCUUACAUCCCAUAUCAUCUAUUUUAUCAAUAUAAUUUCAACUAAAAGAGAGGAGGGAAUAUAUUUUACUAUAUCUAUUUCAUAAAUAUGUAAUACAUAUAUUUCACGUAUGUAUGUCAUAUAUACAUAAAUAUUCUCUUUUUACUCCCAUAAGGUCUAUGUACAUUGUACAUACACAUUCAUAUGUUACAUGAACACAGGUGCUUUACACCAUUCCAGCAUCUGCUGCUGGAUUGUCCACUCUAUUCAUUACUCUUGGCUUCAUUCUGUCUGCUACACAGAUGGGUCCUGGGUUUUUAAUAGAAGGGAUGAGCAGCACAAGGUUUUGUUGAGCUUGGGCUGAGCUGGGCUGGACUCGAGUAGAGAACAAAUGGGAAUUAGAUCUAGGUAUUUCUGAUGCUGUGAAACUACCUUCCAAAGUCCCACAUCUAUCGUGGCCAAUUACCAACAUGAGAUUUUGAGUACCAGAAGGAUAUAGGUCCGAGUGUGAGAUUGUGAAUUUGUGUAUGGUAGUGGUUGUGGGCAGGACUGUACAAUUUUUGUUUUCCAAUCUAAUGAAGGUUUACUCAUCUUUUGUGUUUUUUUUUUAAAGUUCCUUGAGAAGAUGUACAUCAGGAAGGAAUGUUAAUGUGAGUGUAAUAAGACAUCUAUAAAAUAACUCAAGCAUAGAAGAAUCUUGGGAGGAUGAUUAGACCAAUUUUAUUUACUACAUACUUGGCUAUUUCUCUACCUCAUUUUUAAACCUUAAAUACAAUUUAUGAGUGUUCCGUGGUUGUACAACUUUGACUUGGCAACGUUCAUAAUUUCAUACCUAAUACAAACAUUUCACAAUGGCUCUCUGCCUCUGUUAAUCAGUAUCUUAUGUAUCAUAUCAACUGUGAGAUCAAUAUUCACAUAUAGUCUUCUCAUAUUUUUGUGGCAUUGUCAAUAUAACAUAGUUAUAUCAGCUAUUUGUAAAAAAUGUAUAAAACCAUAAUAAAAGCAGAAUUACUCUAUUGCAUUUUCCAAUAGUAUUAUUUUCCUUGGUUUUGAGUGAACACCUCCUUUAUUCUUUCUUUAGAAUAUUAU